AGAAAUCCAAGAAAGAUACCUGGCAGGAGCCUGACGAAAAAGUACUGAGAGAGCGCAAUGAACUGAGACAGACAGUUGCUGCCAUGAGUCAAAGAUUGGACAGUAUGGACUGCAAACUUACAAUGAUUCUAGAAAUGCUACAAGGGACGAGUGUGCGGCAGCCUCAAGGGACACGGACUAGUGAAAGUGCCCCGCAGCUUCAAGGAAGACUGACACGCGAAAGUGUCCCGCCUCCCAAGAGAGCACAGCAGUCCCCUGCAGAUUUUGGGGCGACUGAGCGCAGAGAAGUUGAAGCUGAGCAAUUGCACCCAGCUCCCACAGCAACGUCGCUGGCAGCGUGUGUAGACACAUCAACGGGAAACCUGCACAGCCAAUCCAAGCCUUCUACAGGGCCACUGCCCACAGCUGACUCAAAGGCCACCCACGUUCCAUUCACGGAGAUUGGUGAUGGCAAGUAUCAUGUGAAAAAUGGUCUAAUUAUAGGGAGCCAUCAAGCCGAGAAAAUAUUGGGCCACAAAAAACCUUCCCUUGUGGUAAAGGACAUGGCCCAGGCCAUAUGGGGCCGUGAAGGAUUGGCUGAACGAAGCUAUGGGGGCAAGCUAGCCCCCAAGGAUUAUAAUAAUCCCACUGCUGUAGUGCGGAAACAGCUGAGCCCAGAGAAGGUUGCUUUGAUUAUUGACACUGUGACACAUUGGGGCUCAUGCAAGGGUGUUCCUGUAAAAGAAACAGUGGACAAAUUUGUCCACAAUUCUGUCACAGAAAAUACAGGACAUCAGGCGGGACAAGAAGAAAGAAAACUAAAUGCUUGAAAAAUACCACUCUUGUAAAUGAAUAAAUUAUUAAAACUAA